AUGGCCUACCAGAGCGUUUCCCGUGCCAUUCACAGCCGCUCGUUGGCGGUCGGCUAUCGACCGCAUUUCUUGGGACAAAAACAGCUCCCGCUUGGUGUCAUGCAAUCGAACGACUUCCUCCGUGCGUUUUCGUCAAGCCUGCGUCUACACAAUGAUCCCAAUCGCAAGAGCAAUCAACGUCCCAACCAGAAAUCAAAUGAUUCAGACAAUCCCGAAAUUCCAGCAUUCAGCCUCGAGUCACUGGGCAUGAGCAAGAACAUGAGGAUUGGCGUCCUUGCAAUCAUAAGUGUCUUUGCUACUAUCGAGACAUGGUUCUGGUGUCAGUGGAUCUGGCGUUGGUGGAAGGGCAGAGGCAACGAGACCGACAGCGACAAUUAA